AUGACUUCAGCCACCUUGUAUAUGUUUGUGGCUUUCUGGCUUCUCUACACUGACAGGGACAAAGUCAAGAUUGGGUCCAGUAAUGUUAGUUGGAGUUUUAACCUCUUCAAGUGUCUUUUCAUUCAGGGAAAAGCGUAUCAUGAGCCCAAGGAUGCAGGUUUUUCAUUUGGCCACAAUAUCAAUAGUCCUUCGGCCAGCCUCUCAAUGGUUGGAAACACGAUCCCCACUCCUGACCCCACUGUUGGAGAGGCUUUGUGUGCCCCAGAUAACUUGAAUGCGAGUACUGAAAAGCAGGGCCAGAUUAAGAUGUACCUCAUUGAAGUGUGUUGGGAGACUGUGUUAUGUUGCUGCAACUCAUUUCUGCAGCAGGCAGGAUUAAAUUUGUUAAUAAGCAUGACAGUUAUUAAUAACAUGCUUGCCAAGUCCGUUUCAGACUUGAAGUUUCCUUUGAUAUCAGAGGAAAGUGGAUGUGCUAAGGUUCAGCUUUUAAAACCACUGAUGGGUUUGUCUGAAAAGCCAGUCUUGGCAGGGGAAUUGCUCAGUGCCCAGAUGCUAUUGUCAUCUGUGACCCUCUUUAUCAGAAAUGGAAACAGAGAGAUGCCCGUGGAAACCCUUGCCCUGUAAAUG